AUGGCGCCCAUGUUUCAUGGUUUCGAGGUCGUUCCGGGCAAGGAACACAAGUUGGUGCUGGAAAAGCAUCACUCAUUUCACCUUUCUGUUGUUUCUGUAAAGCACGGUGUGAAGGGCCGCAGCACGUUGUAUGUGACAGUUGAUGGUGAAUCGUUUUCUCUUCUCACUCUUGACGUUUCUCAGCAACUGAUGCAAACUCCCGUCGAUAUCGUUUUUGGUUAUGAACAAGAAGUUGUCUUCCGUGUGAAGGGAAAUGCUGUUCUUCAUUGUUGUGGGUAUCAGCAGGAGUCGGAAGGAAUGCUUUCCGCUGCUUUGAGUGGAAGUGGGGAAUACGACAACGCUGAGGAGGAGGAGGAGGAAGAAGAAGGGGAAGACACGGGAUUGGAUGAUGGUGAUGACAUGGCAGGCGUACCACUCACAGACGGGAAAAAGAACGGUAACGCAGCAACGAAGCGCCAACAGGUCGUAGAUCGUACAGACGACAGUGACGAUGACGAUGACGAAGAUGAGGAAGAUGAUGAAGAUGACGAAGAUGAUGAAGAUGAAGAUGAUGAAGAUGAAGAUGAGGAUGAUGAUGAUCAAGAAAAGGAGGAGGAUGAGGACGAGGAACCCCCCGCUAAGAAACAAAAGGUGGGCAAAUCCGAAGGGCAUGUGGCCCAGCAGAGCAAACAGCAGCAGAGGGGCGUCCAGGAACCCCCGCGGAACAAGUCGAAACCAAACUUUAACGGAAAUAAUAACGAUCGGAAGCGGGGGCGGUUCUAA